AUGUCGAACAACAGACAUAGUCCAGAUCAUGUUCUUGAACUAAUCAAUUUCAUGAAAGCAGAAGCUGAAGAAAGAGAGUUAAGAAUAUUUCUCUUAAAUGCAAAAGUGAAGUCUUACAAUGGAACAAAAAAUCCUACAAAAAUACAGGAAUUUAUUGAAGAGAUCAUUAGAAUUUCUGUUGGGUACAAACUUCUGGAUCAACAAUUAAUAACUUUAGCAGGAAGAAAUAUGACAGGAAUUGCAGAAAGAUGGUUUUUAGAAUAUAGAGAACAAAAAAUAGAUCAGACGGAUACAUUUGACGAUUUUGCCGACAGAGUACGUAAGCAAUUUGCUCAAGGGUAUGAUGUUCAAUCUAUCUACAACAAAUUAAUUACAUGUGUACAAUUAGGAUCGGUAGAACAGUAUAAUUCUAGGUUCUCUACCCUUCUUCUGGAAUUACCCAGAAAUUUUCUUGGAGAAGAGGCUAAAGUAACUGCAUAUAUUAACAACCUUAGAAGUCAAUUAAAACCUCAUGUCAAAUUGCAGAGACCCUCGACUUUGAGUGAAGCCAUAGAAUACGCAUUAGUAUUUGAAACGCAAUACACAGAGUUAUCAUGGUGGGAGAAGAAAACUCCUUUUUCAAAGAAUGCCUUUCAUAGAUAUCAGCCUCAAAAUAAUUCAGACAACAUGGAAAUCGAUUCAGUAAAGGCAAAGAAGAAAAGUAAAGUUUGUUAUAACUGUGGUAAGGAAGGUCAUUUUGCAACCAAUUGCUCAAACAAAUCAAAAAAUUGA